AUGUCUGACAAUAACGUCGCCUCGGCCGCGUCGCCGCAGCCCGUGUCUGCCGCGCCGGUUGAGCAAAACCACAUCAACAACAUUAACACGACUGCAUCAGUCGCAACUGCCGUCGCCGCAACUGCUGCCGUCAAUAACUCGCUUAACACUGGCGGUGAUCAGUUUUCCUGCCAAUGGGUUGGAUGCCAUGAAAAAGCUCCUUCUGCGGAGGCACUCUAUGACCACGUCUGCGAACGCCAUGUUGGUCGCAAAAGCACUAACAACUUGAACUUAACAUGUCAGUGGGGUACCUGUACUACUACUACUGUCAAGCGGGAUCACAUCACUUCCCACAUUCGUGUGCAUGUUCCGCUAAAGCCUCACAAGUGUGACUUCUGUGGAAAGGCAUUCAAGCGUCCCCAAGAUUUGAAGAAGCAUGUUAAGACUCAUGCCGAUGAUUCGGAUAUCCGCUCCCCAGAGCCUGGAUCUCGACCCAACCCUGAUAUUAUGUAUCAGCAGAACCCUAGAGGCUACAUUCCUGCCUACUCUGAGGGACAGAACUACAACUAUCCUGCUCCUUCUGCUCCGGCCCCACAAUUCUCCUAUCACCCGGCCGCGCAGCAUGCCGCCAACCCUUCUUACGGAAAUGUGAUGUACUCUUACCAGGGCCCGGACGUGAGCCAAUACAAUCAGGCCAGUCAAAAGUAUAAGUUUGAUGCUUUGAAUGAGUUCUUCGGUGACCUAAAGCGUCGUCAAUUUGACACACACUCCUAUGCUGCCGUGAGCCAACGCUUGAAUGGCUUGCAAGCGCUUCAGCUUCCUGUUCUCAGCCCACCUGUACCUGAGUAUCACCAGCAGAUGGCCAUAGUUGGUGGUCCCUCUUCGCACGCUCCCGCGUACCACCUCCCACCCCUGUCGGAGGCCCGCCACAAGAGCGAUUUCAUUCACCUCGAACACAUGCUUGAGCAAGUUCAGAACACUAUCUACGAGAGCGAGGACAACAUUGCUGCCGCCGGUGUCGCCCAGCCUGGAGCUCACUACAUGCACUCCCAAAUGCACUACCGUCACCCUGAGUCUCCUCCAAGCCAGCUCCCUCCCAGCCACGUCACGGCGACUGCCCCCGGAUCCAUGAUACCUAACUCGGCGCAAUCCCCGUCAGUUGGAACCCCGGCACUGACCCCGCCGUCGAGUGCUCAAUCUUACACAUCAGCCCGCUCUCCUACUUCCAUUUACGGCCACCGGGUAUCCCCUCCACACGAGAGUAGCGGCGGUGUCUAUCCUCGUCUGCCUUCCAAUGCGGAUAGCGUGAACUACUCCGUUCCGGCCAGUGCGGCUCCUCCGUCUACUCUUAGUGGAGCAUUUGAUAACAACGACCGCCGCCGCUUCACCGGAGGUACCCUGCAGCGUGCGCGCCAGGUGACUACGCAAUUUGACAAGGAAGUCAUAUCGGAUGAUGCUAAGGUCGCGGGGGGCGAGCGUACCCCCACCCAGGCUCACGCGAACAUCUCAGCUAGUCUGAUCGACCCAGCCCUGUCGAGUGCCUCUCCCGACCCUGAGCAGGAGGCCGCUCGCCGUACCGCGCAAGCAGCCACCGAGGUGGCUGAACGUGACGUUAACUUCCCUUGGGUCGACAAGGUUCGCCUGAUUGAGAGCCUCCGAGACUGGAUCGCCUGGAACAUCAAGCAUGCCAGCUGGGACCACAGUAGUUCGGCCUCCCCAUCAUACUCCAUGGACGGAGCAAUGGAUGUUGAUGCUAGCACCCGUGCUUCUUCGAUCCAGAAGGAUGAACCCAAGUCUGAGCCAGAAGCCAUUCUGUACCCCACUCUGCGUCUGGAUGAAGAUGGCGAUUCCAAGAUGCCUUCUGCUGAGUAA